GUAUUUGGUGCCCCCUUGUACCAAUGUUUAUGUGUUUAAACAAGUAUGUUAUCUUACUGCAAGGUUAUUUGUAUUUCUCAUCACCAAUGUGUUUCUUUAAGAUAAGCAAAAUCUUAGUUGUAUUGUUCGACAUGCUCCUAUUUUCUAUCCAACUUGUAUGUAUUAAGUUGGUUCUCGCUCAAUUUAAUUUGGAAUGAACUUGGACAAUAACUAAAGUUCCCUAAUUGAAAGCGUCAAUUUAGUUGACAAUCCUAUAAAUCUUUGCAAAAAUUCAAAUAUAUGCCUCACUGAUACUCAUAAACACGUUACUAUAAUUUGGAAAAUUAAGUACUGACAUUGGAAUUAUGCUGUCUUCCACUUUUUUUCCGUUACAUUCAGCUUAUCCAAACUGUUGUCCCAUCCCGAUAACUCCCCCAGGCUUACUCGUCGCUUCAGCCUGGAGGGUGUAAAUAAAACCCUUGUUACUUUUCCCUCCGAAGCACUAAGCGAUCGUCCAUCUACACAGUCUAUAUCUGUUCUCGAUGUUUACGACAUAGCUGCUUUAAUUGGUAAAGAAUUUGAGUCUAUCAUUGAUAAAUAUGGGCCGUACUCAGUGUCCAACUUAAUGCCUAAAGUGAUAAGCGUCCUUGAAGAAUUGGAAGAUUUCGCAACAAAGUUUGAGUCUGAAGGUAGAGAAAUUAUUACCCUUCAAACUGCCGUACACCGGUUAGAACUUGAAAAGUUGGAACGUAAAGAAGAUCAAAAGAGGCAUAAAAAGGUAGGUUUACGUUCUUUCCAAUCCUUACAGCCGAUGAAUAAGUAAUUGGGCAAUUUAAAAAUCCUGAGUGAUUCAAAAGAAUGAAUAUUACAUUCUCAUAUUUUUAUUAUUUCAUUUCGUACGUAUAACUGGACUUUAUAUGGUGUUAGAUAGAUCACGAUAAUUGGCAAUGAGCUUUGAGAUUCACUUAUGUAACUCAUGACUCAGCAAUAUAGGCUACCUGUCUGUUAAACAACUGUCUACCACAGUUGGUUUUUUACAGUUGUUUCGACGUGCUUCCUUUUAUUUGGUGUAUAUAGGCUUAAUAAUAAGCCGUUACUAAAGCAUCAUGAAUAAAUCCUAGGAAAUCAUGUCAAUGAAGAUUUCUGCGUAUUAUUAUUGUAUAUUGAACUGAUAUCAAGAAGCGAACAAAAGUAAAAUUAUUGAUCUCCUAGUGUUCUAAUCUCUCAGUUAACACGAUUAUAUUUUUAUAAAUUGUUGUUAAUUAUUUCAGUAUGUAACUCUACUGUAUUCUAGUAAUUAUUUCAUUCAUAUUUGACAUGUAUUUAGUGUAAAAUCAGUUUUAAGUCAUAGUUGGUUAAACGUCUAUUAAAUACUAAAAAGUUUAUUUAUAUAAGAAAUUCUAUCUCUCCAUAGAAUAUAUAUUCUUCGCACUUCGGCUGUCUCUCUUGAUAGAUAGGGACUAGUCGAAUAUUAAAGACAGUGUUGAAAUGAGAUUGCGGACGUCCACUAAUCCCGUUCACUUAUUUCGUUCAUUACUGCGUUAAUAUAUUUCGAACUACGUCGUGGUAAGGUCCAGGUUAUAACUAAUGCCACAACAUAGACAAUGUUAGAUGUACCUCAAUGAAAUCUUUAUCAUCAACAGAUUGAUUAGGUAUUAUAUUCCUAUUGCUAUAACCAACUCGUAUUUACCUAUUUAAUCAAGUGAACAGUGAACUUUGGAGAAAUUAUUGAAAAUCCGAUAACCGAUGUUAUUAUUUAUGGUAAAGUGAAAGCAUUUGUUGGCUGUUUUAUUAAACUGUGUAGUUUGCUAUUAGAGAUAUAACAAAUUAUAUUUGGUUCCCAGUCGAGAUUCGUACCAGAUUUAUGCCGUCAUUUAAACUGCGAAUUCCCACUUAGUUACUUCAAAGUAACAAUUCCUUCAAUGAAAUUUAAUGCUUCUGUCUAUAUUGUGAGGUCGUGUAAGACGUAUCGUAUCAGUAGCUUUUUAAAUGCCUUCCAUAUGUUGUGACACUUAAAGGCUUUUUACCAGGAAAUUUCGUUUUGUUACAAGUAUAUGUGCAUUUCUGAGUAUCGUUAAAGUGCCGUUAAAUUAUUGCUCGUUUGGUAUCUAAUAUAUACACAACUCUAGUGUCAGGAACUGUAAAUCUGCUCUUAACACCUUGUUUCAAGUAAUCAGAAAUUAACUUUUGCAUAGUAUUAUAGCGAAUAAUCAAAUCAUUAACCUUUAAGUUGUAUUGCUAAAAUUUGAUUAAAGACAAAUUUCCUUGUCAUUACUCUUUGAGGAGCUGGAACAAAUUGAGGAGACAUGGCAUUCUGAAGUUCAGGAACUUUCCCAACUAAUUGAGAAGUUAAAAGAAGAAAACAAACAACUUAAAAAUGCAAUUGAAGAUAAUGAAGCAUCGACUAACCAUUCACCGAUUCCAGCUUGUUCUGCAAAUUCUACAAAUGUCGAGGAAAUACAACUUAUGAUACGCCUUAAAGAAGUUAUAGACCGUCAGAAAAUACUAAUUCGUUCAUUACGUCAACAGCUUACUCAAAAACAUGUUGAUUUAGAUGCGAUGCAACAACAAGCCACACGUUUAGCCAAACUAAAUGCAUCACUACGUCGUAAACAUUUUGUCAGUAGGCAACAAGCAGAUCAAUUACGUGAAGAGAAGCUAACUUUAGAGACACAACUCAAUACAAAAGAUCAGCAAAUUAAACAAAUGGAAGAACAUAUCCAUCAUAGUAAUAAUAAUAGCAAUAAUACCGAAUCAUCUAUUUGUAUUGAUAUGUCGAAAUCCUUGAUUGCUGAAUUGAUAUCUCCAGAGACUCCGCCUCCACAGUUAACAGAGGAACAAUUAGUUAAACAACUUAAUGCUGAAGGCAAAAUGAUUAUUGAUGGUCGUAAUCCAAAUCGUCCUCAUUUCACCCUUCAAGAACUUAGAAAUGUUUUAAUCGAACGUAAUGAAUUAAAAACACGUCUGAUUGAGGUUGAAGAAGAACUAUCAGUUUAUAAAAGAGCUGGGUACGUUAUCAUAUAUUAUUAUUAUCACCAUUAUUGUUAAAAACAUCUGAUUACUAGUUGUAUACUUAGAUCCUAACUGAGUAAUUUAAAUCACAUUCAACAAUCAUACUUCAAUACUUUAUACGAUCUGAAAUCGAUUAUAUCUUUGAAAAUUGCACGGUUUGUAACAUAAAUAUUAUGUUGUUAAGUCUCUCUCUUGCUUUCACAGUGUUCGAUAUCUUUCAAUUAUUUGUUUUCGGUGCAACUAUUAUUUCCACUUGUCGACAAGUGUCACUUUAAAUCCAGUUAUAUUAUGUUUCAUUAUAAGUAUGAAAAUAAAAAUGUAUAGUUUGGUCGUACAAUUCUUACUCAGUUUAUAUUAAAAUGUUUGUGCUGUUUCCCCUUUUUUUCGAGAAAAAAAACACUUAAAUUUAACAAUUUUAGUGUACUAUAUAUAUUACUUAUAAUUUGUAAUAGUUAAUACUAAACUGAAUUAAUUAAUAGUGGAACUUCUGUACGAAAGAAACUGACUAAGUAAUAAAGGCGUGUUUGAAAUAUAUCUCUAUGAUUUCUAUUACAUUCCAAGGUCUGUUUGUAUUCAUUUGUUCUGCGUUGAAUAAUUAUUUAUUUAAAAACUUUGGAGAUUCCAAGAAUUCAUUCUUUUGUGUGGUUGAUAUAGAAAGAUUCUCAAUAUAAUUUACGGUGUUUUUUUCUUUAGUAUAACGGAUUUAUGAAGUAAAGUUUUGUGUACUUGAUUUUGAGGCAAAUAGUUUGUAUAAGGGCCGAUGUUACUAUUUGAUUGCACAAACUGAAGUAGGCAAAACAGGGUUUAAGCUUAUAUCUUACUAGUUGGAAUUCAAGUUCUUUGACCACCAAGCUAUCGCUGUACCUGUUUUCAGUUCAAUAGAAAAGAAUCGUUUCUGAUUCUCACACAAUUAACAGAUACUUUAGUUAGUCUAACUCAACUUUACGUUGUCCAAAUUACAGUCGAUUUUCGUGUUAACAUUGACUACUGUUUUGGCUCCUCAGGUCUAUGAGUAGCCUACAUAUUCUCGAAUCUCAUCUCAGUGAUAAUUAGAAAACUAUAUCAUACCGGUUGGUAUAAUAUCCUUUAUCCACUCUAAUCCUCACUGAGUUAUUUCAUGUUUCAUAUAAUUUUCAUAUACGAGAAGAAAUCUUGCUUUUGGUAAAGGUUAUUCAGUAAUAUAAAGUGCACUGUGUGGUCUUCGGUAAAAUCUGCAACUAAUAGAAAAUAAUAAGUAUCAAUACAUAGAAAUUUCGAUCAUUUUCCGGCGUAUAUAAUGUGAUUUCUUAGUUUGCGAAUCAUCACCACUGGUGUAGUUGUAAUUUUUAACCUUUAUAGGUGUGAUUAGAUAUAACAACAAGUGCUUGACUCAAAAAUUGAAUAAACAACAUUUCUUCAGAAAACUUUACUGUGAUUGAUUAAUUAAUUUAUCAUGAAUAACUCAUCUCUUUAUAUGAAUAUGCUUCAUUCAUCAGAAAAUCUACAUCUCACUCUGUCAAACGGUGGUAAGUUAUACUUCCACUAAUCUAUUUUCAGUGUGGUACUAACUUAACCAAUUUUAAAGCUUCGGACCUAUAAUUACCUCUCUAGGUUUCAUAUAUAUUUCUACACUACUAAUCUAUCAACUCGUCUAGGCAUAGUGUGAAGAUCAUGUUCUAAUCAGUGAUGGUGACAUCUUAAAAUACUACCGGCUUCAAUACCCUGAUCACAUCUUACACAUGUCACUAACGGCUUUCUUACUGACUAUCACUUGCUGAUAUUGGAACUGGAUAGGAAGUAUGGGGAGGGGUUAGUUUUUUUAUAACAGAUCGAUCAACAAAUAGAAUCUAGUUUUGGUGUCAGUAUACCAGUACUUUCUCGAUGGAUUCGUAGAGAAUGUACAAUUUACUACAUUAAUAUAUCAUUAGUCUUGGUUCAAAUAACAAGCUAGUAGCGAUCCAACCGCAGUUUUGCUGUCUGUUAUGAAUAUGUGUAGUGAGAUAUCUCUUUGAGAUCAAUAAAAUCUAUCUUCAUCCCAUUCUUAUUUAACAUAUGUUUUAUAUUAUGGUUAUUGUGUGAAUCAAUUUUUCGUACUGUGUCGAGCUCUUUUUUUAAGUAACGGUAAGACUUUUAAGUUGGAAUGGGUAUUUAUCAAACAACUUGUGUCGUUCUGUCAUUUGUUAAUAUAUCACAACUCCCUGGAUGUAUGAGCAAAAGGGUUAGUAAAUCUAUUGUUAGAUGUAUAGGCGAAACACGAACAGCUUGAUUACUCGAGUUUCAACUUUCAAUUGAUGUGUUUACCAUGGAUGUAAGUGGAGAAUUUGUAAUUCACUGUAUCAUAUACGAGACGUACUGAAGUGCUUGUGCUCACUUAAUUUUGCGUCGUCGAAUGGUUAUCGUCUCUAAUAUGAAAAUUUCAAAAUAUUGAUUUUUACAAGGGUAAAGCUAUCGUAUAGAUAUGAUCCAAUCAGAAUCAAAAAGACGACGUUUGAAUUUUUGUGUUAAAUUCAAAACGAAUGGCUUAUAUCUAAUUCCAACUCUAAAUCCUUAAUUGUGACCUAACCCUAACCAGAAACAAUGUACGGACCCUUAGAAAUCUGUUUGCAUCUUUAUAAUCGUCUGAGAAGACGGAUAAUCUAUAUCUAUUUAGAAUUUCAAUCUCAUUGUUUUUUGGAUUUAUAGACAAGAUAAUUUGUAGAAAACUUCAAUAGGUUCGAUAAUUAUGUAAAAUCUGUUUAUCUAUUUUAUCAUCUAUUGCUUAUUUACCACAAACCAUUCAUGUAUAAAAGCUGUUUUUCGACUACCUCACAACUGACUAAAAUUCGUCUUGGUUGUUUUAAGCUCGUCCUUAUACCAUACUUUUACAGUUACAACCUCAGACUAAUUUUACAAAUCAGUGAUUUGAUAAAAUCACCUUGAAUUUGUGUGCUGUGGUGUGAACUGACCGCAUUGUGAGCUUUUACAAUUUGUUUUCUAUUACUGUUCCUUACUGUCUGAUGAACAAUUGCCCUAUCAUCCAUUUUGUUACCUAACCAUACUUUAACACUGCACUUUUUGCGUAACAUUGAAUGCUCAUUUCACAUUUGAAAAUAAUGUAGGUAAGUUUUCCCAUGAUACGAUAAUGGUAUUUUGUAUGUGAACAUGAGAACUGGAUGUUUUAAAUUUCUAGUGACAUUGUAUGUUGGUUUUACUCUUUCAAACUGAGUUUGCUUAUUCAAAAUUGUUUUAAUAAUAAGAGUAACAUUUCGAAAUGAUAAGCAUGUAAUCAAUACUGUAAUCGUUUAACUCAGAUUUCCACAUCUCAUUUAGGGAUGCGUAUGACCUUCAGAAAAUUGUGAUCACUGAUGAAUAUUAUUUUUAUUAGCACUAUGAGUAUGGAUUGUAUUGAUGAAUUUUUCUUGUUAGAACAGCUUAUUAUGAUGAUGUAUUAAUUGGUCUAAUGUUUAUGUAAAACACAUUUUCCAUAACGAUGUUUAUAUUUGGUAUCAUAACCGAGGUUUGACUUGAUAAAUUUAAAUAAACUGAGUGUUAGGUAGAUUUUUAUUAAUCAAAACAAUAUAAUAAUACAUUACAAUUGUACUAUUUUUAUUAUAUUUAUAGUAGUUUUAAUGAAUUGUGACAGACAACAGUAAUCAAUCUGUUGUUCAUACAUGUCAUGACCUAUGAAAGUUGAUGGGAUUCGUUGUGUUCAUGAAACUAUAAUUCCCACCGAAUGAUUAUUUGUGCCCAUGACCUAAGACCACCGAGAGAGUAAGAUUGAUGUUAAGCAUAUAAUCACAUGGACUAGUCACAUGGGUACUCCUCUAACUGUAACCGUUCUAGUGUUGUUGAUGUUUUUGAUUUCUGAUGAAGGAGGAUAGUUGAUGAUGGUACUAUCAAUGCGAUACUGUAGAAGAAAACCUUACUUGAAAAGUUAGCCACUAAAAGUCAUUGAAAUAAUUGAAACUGUAUUUUAUUAGUUGAAAUGUCUUCGUUCAGAAGAGUUAUGACACAUGUUAAAAGCGGAGAUUCUUCGGAACUUUGGUGGAGUUUUGUUCUCUGAGCUGGAUGGUUUGGUCGUGGUGCUUUCAUCGUUCUUCUGAACGACACCAUCAGCACAAACUUCAAAUGGAAGUGAAGUGUUUGAAUUUCUCCAUAUGUGUUUCAAAGCUUGUUCUGUGCACCUCGAUGUUGAUUGGUUCUUAUUGACCUUAAAUUUGUCAUUGUUUACUUCUUUGUUUUGGUUGUCUCCCAUUUGUUUGAUUUUUGUUCUUAUGUUUGUGCAUGAUUUUUCUGAUUGGUUGAUAAAUUGGAUUGAUUUCAAUAUGCUUGUUGAUUGCUGAUUGACCUGAGUGCCAGGCUUCUAAAAAUUCUCUGGUGUUUUUGGAGUUUCCUCUGUCUAAGAUUUCCACAUUUUUCCAAUCGAAUGAGUGUCCGCAGUUGUCCACGUGUAUUGAUAUAAGUGAGGAGAUAUCACGCCGUUUGACUGCUAAUUGAUGUUCAUGUAGGCGCAGGUGAAGGGGGCGUCCGCUUUGUCCGAUGUAGUGUUUUUCGCAGUUGGCACAAUUUAUUUUGUAGAUGAUGUUUGAUUUGUUUUCCUUUAUUAUUUCAUCUUUUGGUUUGCAUAAGAUUGAUUGUAGUGAUUUUGUCGGUUUGUGUGCCACACCUAUCCCGAAGGUUUUCAGCAGUCUCGUUACUGUUUCUGAUAUUCCUUGUAUGUAUGGUAGGGUGAUCCUUUUGUUGAUUUCUCUGCUUGACUUGAGUUCUGAUGCUGCGUGCGGUUGGUACUUUUUGAUGAAGUUGAUUGGGAUCAACUGAACGAGAAAGGUUGUAUUCGGAAGAGGUGCUGUUGUGCUUUGUUCACGAAGAUGAAAAUGCUCCACUCAUGUAAAGAGUUGUUCUGAUUUUAUCCAAGGAAGCACGAAAAGCACUUGUAGAAUGGGAAUUUCGUGGAUCCAGAAUCACCAAAUCAUUCUUCAAAACAAAGAAGGAGCGAAUUACAAUGAAUGUUAUUCAGUGUUAUACACCCCACCAAUAAUAUGAACAAGGACGACAAAUAUCAGUUUUAUGAGAGACUGUAUUCAAUCGAAGAGAAGUGUCCAGGAAAGGACUUGAUCAUUUUGACGGAAGACUUAAACACCAAAGUCAGAAUUGACAACACCGGGUAUGAAGAUAUACAAAACUAUAUGAAUUUCACCGUAUCACACCACAGAGAACCAGAUCGAUCAUAUUUACAUCACUGAAAAAUGCAGAAUACCACUGGAAGACAUGAGAACAAAGAGAGGAACUGACAUAGCUUCAUAUCACCACGUUGUUGUGGCCAAGAUUAAUGUAAAGCUAAAGAAAGAUUGAAGAACUGAAGAAACAACCUUAGAAAGAUCCAAUACAUCUUUCUUUCGAGAUACCCAUAAACUCUAUGAAUCGAAGAAGAGGAAACUACUAUGACGAAUCCGAACUGACAUCAGCUAAUUCAUAGCAAAAUGAACAGCCUAUAGACAAACGGUCAGAUGAAUUAGCUAUCAUCGCGUUUUCAUCAAUAUCAGAUAAUCUUAGUGUUAAUGUACACGUUUAUCAUAAUAAACUAUGGGA